UUAUUGUCAAAGAACAUGGAGGAACGAAAUUUGUCACCCAGGUCCGGCAGCGUACAGAAUAAAUAACAAAGAGACAGACCCAUAAUAAAGGGAAGGACGACAGACUUAAACCAGAGAGUUCAUGAGCCCCUGGGACGAAGCUACACUUUAGCCUUGUUUGUGCUUUGAGGCUGCGCAGCCUUCUGCCUGAGGGGAGGGAGGUGAACAGGUAGUGUGCCGGUUGGGCGGAGUCCUUCAUGACACAUGACGCUCUGCUUCUGCACCUGCUGACCAAAAAGUCCUCCAAGAAAGGGAGGCAGAUUUAACCACAUGUUGCAGCGCCUUCCUGUCAGCCGCAGAGCAGUUCCCGUACCAAACAGUGAUGGACGCCUUCCUCAUGAUGCUGGCUGCGUUGGUGAGCAACGUGAGGUCGUUAUACGCCAGUCGCCAGUAGCUGGGAAGCCGCUGCACUGCUGCGUGGCGCCUUCUUUUGCCUCAGGAAAACCCUUCUUUUUGCAUUUUCUUUGCAUCUCUUUUUGGUCAUAUUGAGUCUCUCCCUGGUCAGUACAAGUUCAUUUGAGUGACAUUUUGCCGGUGAGGGCCAGGGGGGGCCCCUUAGACUUUGGGCCCCUGGACCUCUGCCCUGUAGGCCUGUUUGACACACUGUAAUUUGAGGCUUUCACCAAUGUUAGCUACAUGAAUGUGACCUUGUAGCCACAGCUGUGAGCCUUUACUCCAGUUAGCAGAAGGCUAAACUCUUAGCAACAUUUUCCCUCCAUCUCUAAAAAGCUUUGCUGAUAGUGAUGUGUUUUAUUUUGCUUAUUGUCAGGACUUUUUGAUGAGUUCAUCUUCCAUUCCAGCCAAUAGGAACGCCUGUCUUCAGACUGCUGGAGGAAGCUGGAGUACCCACACUGACAUCCGGCAUGGCGAAUUCAAACCCAGAACCCUCUUGCUUAGAUACAAUAACGCCAACCACUGCACCACCGUCCGAAAGAAUGCGUCUACAGUAAGCUGCCUGUCUGAGCUGUGAUGAUGGAUCUGCUGAGGGUGGUGUGUUUUGUUGUGUGCACAGUCUUCAUCAACAGCUGCACCACUCACACUUGAGUCAUCAGUUCAGAUGCAUGACUGUGGAGGUCGAACACACAUGACGGAUGAGAGCUGCAUUGUGUCCGUCAGCACUUCUCGUGGUAAAUAUGUCCUUUCACGUGGCGAUUAUGCUGAUCAUCUGCAUGUUCCCCUGGAUUACAGCCAGUGAUUAAACCCAAGGAGGGCACAGAGGGGCGUGCACCGCCGUCUGAUCCCCAAACACAGGCAGCUACAAAAGGCCCCUGCCUGCCGCUCCUCUCACCCUAAGUCCCGUUGUUGUGUGACUGUGAAGAGGGAUAACCUCCGCUUCACAGUAGACCAAUUGGGCUGAGAGGUUUGCUGAGCGGCUGCAGAGAGGCUCCAGCUAUCUAACGUCUACACACUCAGGUGUCAGGAAGACAUGGGUAACUCAACAGGAAGCACCGUGGACGACCUGCAGGCGGUGGAGAUGCACCUGUGGUACAAGAAGUUCAUGACGGAGUGCCCUUCAGGUCAGCUCACCCUGCACGAGUUCAAGCAGUUCUUCGGGCUGCGAGGGCUGGACCCCGAGGCCAACGCCUACAUAGAGCAGAUGUUCCGCACCUUUGAUAUGAACAAGGACGGCUACAUAGACUUCAUGGAGUAUGUGGCUGCUCUCAGUCUGGUGAUGAGAGGAAAGAUGGAGCACAAGCUGCGCUGGUAUUUCAAGCUUUAUGAUGUGGAUGGCAACGGCUGCAUUGACCGACAUGAGCUCCUCAACAUCAUAAAGGCCAUCCGUGCAAUCAAUGGGAGUGAGAACCAGGAGGGAUCUGCUGAGGAUUUCACCAACCGUGUGUUUGACAGGAUUGAUAUAAACGGAGACGGCGAGCUGUCCUUGGAGGAAUUCGUGGAAGGCGCUCGCAGUGAUGAAGAUUUCAUGGAGGUGAUGAUGAAGAGUCUGGAUCUCUCCCACAUCGUGGCGAUGAUCCACAACAGGAGGCACAGCGUUUAGGAUCUGCCCGUCCACACUACCUCAUCCUCAUUCAUGAUUGAACCCGAGAGCCUCGGUACACGGCCUCCGGCAAAAACGUCAUUUAUAGACUGAGAUUUCUAUUAAGAUUGAAUCCAGCUGAAUAUAAAUGCCAGUGUACUGCAAACACUGACAUGUCUUGUUUUUAAUCUCUCAAAGAGCGACACAUACGCACUUUAAAUGCAUCUGGAUGACUCAGUCAACCUUUGCAAACUGGUCAUUGUCCUUGUUUAUCGAUGCACAGCUCUCCCAAGGCCACCUUGGCACGAGGGAUGAUCUCUCAGACGGUCCACAGAUACCCCGCGGGAUAAAAGAGAGAGAUAGUGGAGCAGAGUGGCAAUUAUAUGCACUCAAUGCUCCCCAAAUGUUUUUUUCUCUGGGUCUGAGCUGCUCUGCAUCCAAAUACUUCAAUCUGUUUUUACCCAUUCUUGCCUGUGGGGUUUACAGGACGAAGCUCUGACUCUGCACUGUGCUCAGCAUCCAUGAUAAUUUGAUUAAGUCAGAGGCUGUAAAAUACAGGAGCAGGUGAAAGUGUCUGAAGACAUUUAGCAGUGUGCAGAUUCUCAAAUGUUUACCUUUUGUAAAUAAUGUUCAUAACCUUUUUUUUUAAAUGUUUAAAAUAAGUUGAAGCAGAAAGCAAAACACUGGCUGGUGGUGUGUGGGUGUUUCAUU